CUGCCAGAAUCAAAGGUGUCUCCAGUCUGGCCCUUGGGUGGGUGAGAUGCAAAGCUGGGAGACGAACUCUUCCAUUAUUUAACACCCAGAGUCAGAGAAGAUGGGAAAGGAGCGCAAGGAGGCUCACCACUUUCAGUCCCAAGAGGCCAUGGAUCCCUACAAGUUUCGUCCGUCAAGUGCUUUCGACACCACUUACACGACCACCAAUGCUGGUGCGCCCGUUUGGAACGAUGACCAGGCACUAACCGUGGGACCAAGAGGACCCAUUCUCCUGGAGGACUACCAUUUGAUCGAAAAGAUUGCCCAUUUUGCCCGGGAGCGCAUUCCAGAGCGCGUUGUUCAUGCCAGGGGCGCCAGCGCCAAGGGCUUCUUUGAAUGCACUCAUGAUGUCACUCACCUCACCUGUGCCGACUUCCUCCGUGCACCCGGCGUCCAAACUCCGGUCAUCGUUCGUUUCUCUACCGUCAUUCAUGAACGUGGAAGCCCCGAAACCAUUCGAGACCCUCGCGGUUUCGCCGUCAAGUUCUACACUAGGGAGGGCAAUUGGGAUCUCCUGGGAAACAAUUUCCCAGUGUUCUUCAUUCGCGACGGUAUUAAGUUCCCCGACGUGAUCCAUGCCUUCAAACCCAACCCCAAGUCCCACAUCCAGGAGUACUGGAGGGUCUUCGACUUCCUGUCGCACCACCCGGAGAGCUUGCACACAUUCUUCUUCCUCUUCGAUGAUGUCGGCGUUCCAUCCGACUACCGGCACAUGGAAGGCUUCGGUGUCAACACUUACACUUUCAUCAACAAGGAGGGGAAGGUUCAUUACGUGAAGUUCCACUGGAAGCCGACCUGUGGGGUGAGGUGUUUGUCAGAGGAAGAGGCAAUAGUCGUCGGUGGCAAGAACCACAGCCAUGCUACUCAGGAUCUCUGUGAGUCCAUUGCUGCAGGGAACUAUCCCGAAUGGAAGCUCUACGUUCAGGUCAUGGAUCCUGACCAUGAGGACCGCUACGACUUCGAUCCGCUCGACGAUACCAAGACCUGGCCUGAGGAUAUUCUGCCCCUCCAGCCGGUCGGCAGGCUGGUCUUGAACCGAAACAUCGACAAUUUCUUUGCGGAGAAUGAGCAGCUCGCCUUCGGCCCGGGGCUUGUUGUGCCUGGGAUCUAUUACUCUGACGAUAAGAUGCUUCAGUGCAGGGUUUUUGCCUACGCUGACACCCAGAGGUACAGGCUCGGGCCGAACUACUUGAUGCUUCCAGUGAAUGCGCCAAAAUGUGCUUUCCACAACAAUCACUUUGAUGGACUGAUGAAUUUCAUGCAGAGGAACGAGGAGGUGGAUUACUUCCCUUCAAGGCACCAUCCCCUUCGACAUGCAGAGAGGUUUCCCAUUCCUUCCCGUGUGGUCACCGGCAAGCGAGAGAAGACAGUAAUUCCCAAGCAAAAUGAUUUCAAGCAACCAGGGGAGAGAUACCGCUCCUGGGCGCCCGAUAGGCAAGAGCGAUUUGUCCGUCGAUGGGCCGAGGCAUUGGGGCACCCUAAGGUCAGCCAUGAACUCCGUAGCAUCUGGAUCACAUACCUGACACAGUGUGAUGUAUCACUGGGUCAGAAGGUUGCGAAUCGCCUCAAUGUCAAACCAAGCAUGUGACAAGGAUGCAGAUGCUGAGCCAUAUGCUACAUGUUUGUGCAGAGUAUGAUGUGUCUAUGCCAAUCAGAGUUCAGUUCAUCAGAACAAGGCUCCUUGAGUGUAGUAACUAUCAAUAAGGUGACUAUCUAGUUAUCAGAAAAGAAAAACCAAUGCAACUAUUUCAGCACCAUGCUGUACUUAUAGAUCUAAAUGGCAUCUAAAUGGCACCAUGUUUGUCUGAUUAAUAGUUGGACUUGAUUGGGAGAGAUUCUGCAUUAAUUUCCUUCAGGAAAUCCGAAUAUUAUCAUUCUAA